AUGCGUUUCAUCCAAGCUCUUCAGGCCGGCCUCGUCCUGGCCGCCUCUGCCACCGUCAACGCCUGGAACCGGAUUGACAAGGACAAUGCUGCCCUUCUGGUCAUCGACCACCAGGUCGGUCUUGCUACCGUCGUCCGCGACUACAGCACCAACGACUUCCGCAACAACAUGCUCGCCCACGCCGCCAUCGGCAAGGCCUUCGACAUCCCCGUCGUGCUGACCACCUCCUCCGACGAAGGCCCCAACGGCCAGAUGCUCAAGGAGAUCCUUGACAUGUACCCGAACGUCACGGUCGUCCGCCGCCAGGGCGAAGUUAACGCCUGGGACAACGAGGAGUUCCGCAACGCUGUCAAGGCCACGGGCAAGAAGCAGCUGAUUGUUGGUGGAAUCGUGACCGAAGUUUGCACCGCCUUCCUGGCCCUCUCACUUGUCGACGAGGGCUACGAGGUGUACGCCAACACCGAAGCCAGCGGAACCUUCGACGUCCGUCUCGCGGAGGAUGCCAACAGGCGCAUGGAGAAGGCUGGCGUCACCCUCAUGGGCUUCUUUGCCAUUGUUUGCGACCUCAUGCGCGACUGGAGGAACACCCCUGGUCUUGCCCAGCUGCUGCCCUUCCUUGACCAGUACCAGUUCGCUUACGGUCUCGUCGCUCGCCACCACGCUGCCGCUAUUGUCAACGGCACUCUUGCCGAUGUUGAGAAGGUGCUUAUCUAA